AUGCCUAAGAGGUGUGUUGUAGGUGGUUGUUCCAAUGAAAAGGAUGAGGAUUUGAACAUCAGCAUUCACCUGUUCCCUACUGAACCAAAAUUAAGAAGAAUUUGGGAGAAAAAUGUUCAAAAUACUCGUGUUGACUGGUCUGCUACGAAAUGGAGCAACAUUUGCAGCGUCCAUUUUAACGAAGAUUGUUUUGACAGUAGGCCGAUGAAGCGGGUUUUAAAACCAGAUGCCGUCCCAACCAUAUUC